AAAUAAUAAGAAAUAUGGAAGAGAUUAACGCAGUUGAGUUGUUAAGAGAGGAACUUAAAGGCACCUCACCCCACCUGUUCGAAGUAGAUGAAGUCCACCUUAAAGUCAACGCUAUCCACAGAUUGAAGACCGUACUCUUGUCCAUUUCUCAAGACGAAAUUAAGUCAGACCUGUUUCCUUUCCUCCAAGAUCUUAUUGAUACUGAGUGAGACGAAGUCUUGUUUGCCAUUGCCGAGGAAUUAGGAAAGCCCGAUAUUUGCAGUUUGUGUGACUCCGCCAACCUCCUUGAAGCUCUCGAGAAACUCGCCCAGAGCGACGAAACCGUUGUCAGGGAGCAAGCAGCCAAUUCGUUGAGGAAUGUGUGCAAGGCCAUGAGCGAGUCAGAUGUGCAGGAUCUAUUCAUUCCAUUGGUAUUCAGGCUUUCAAGCAGUGAUUGGUUCCCUGGAAGAGUUUCAGCAUGCAGCUUGUUUUCGAAAGCAUACGAAAGUGCAGGAUCUCACAAAGAAGACCUUAGGAAGAAAUUCUUAGAACUGUGAAACGAGGAUACUCCAAUUGUUCGGAGAGCCGGAUCCAAGAGGCUCGGAGAGUUUGCUACUCAUGUUGAAAAGCCAUAUGUGAUCAAAGAGAUCUUCCCCAUUCUGAAGAAGCUGGCCAAAGACGAGCAAGACCAAAUCAGAAUAUUGUGCAUCGAGAGUCUGAUCCCAAUUGCGAAGUACCUGACUAAGGAAGAAAACCAGCUCCACGCUAUAGGUCCCCUCUUGGUCACCAGUGAAGACAAAAACUGGAAAGUCAGACUCACAUUUGCAAAGAACUUUGCUGAGCUUGCUGAUGCGUUCGGUAAAGAGAUCACCGACUCGAACCUCAUCCAGACAUUCUCGAUGUUCCUCAACGACUCCGAAGGUGAAGUCAAAGAUGCUGCCAUUCACAGUCUCUCGAAGUGUCUCAAGACAAUAUCUCCAGAGAGAGUGAUCAGCUAUGUGCUUCCGAACAUCCAGUCGAUGUACGUGGACGCGUCUUCGUCGUUCAAGGGCGGCCUGGCCAACACUCUGUGUGCAAUGGCUCCAAUCGUUGGGUCGGAAGUGGCCAAUUCAAGAGUGCUUCCGAUCCUUCUGGAACUUAUCAAAGACGACGAUGCAGAUGUCAGACUCAAUGUCGCCAAAGGAAUGAUCAAGCUUGCUGAAGUUUUGGGCACAGACUUGCUUAGUGAAGGAGUCAUUGCUUCGCUCUCUCAGAUGACCAAGGACACCCAGUGGAGAGUGAGGUCGUCUGUCUACGACUUGUUGUCGGACUUGGGAGCAGCUCUAGGGAAAGAGACAUUCCAGAGGAACCUUAAAGACAUAUUCUUCGGGUUCUUGACAGACACUGCAGCUUCAGUGAGAAACCAAGGAAUCUUAAAGCUCGGUGAUUUAGCAGAGUCAUUUGGCAGCGACUGGGUGAUCGAUGAAAUCAUUCCAAAGCUUAACGACAUCUACGAUCAAGACAAGCAAGGAUACUUAUAUAGAAUGUGUGUAAUCAACGCCGGCAUCGAAAUUUCAAGGGGCUUGUCAAAGAGUCAGAUCAACGCUCACAUUGUACCCAUAAUGCUGAAAGCCUGCUCUGACUCAGUGGCCAACGUGCGCAUCACUGUAUGCAAAGCAAUCAAGAAGCUUGUAUCAACACCAGAAGGAGCAGCUGUGGGAGCCAAUUUCAAAUCAACACUAUCUGAUUUAGUUAACGACUCCGACAAAGAUGUCAAGCAUUUUGCUACUGUUGCAGAAGAGGCCAUCUAAUCA